CCGGCUGGGAGCUCGCCCGCCGCCCGGCCCGCCCGCCCGCCGGCAUGGAGUCCCAGUGCGACUACUUCAUGUACUUCCCGGCUGUGCCCUUCCCGGCCCGCGAGGUGCUCCUGGGGGAGCCAGGCCGGUACCGGGCCUUGCCGCGGAGGAACCACCUCUAUCUGGGCGAGACCGUCCGCUUCCUGCUGGUCCUGCGGUGCCGCUCGGAUGCCGGCGGCGCUCCCCGGCCGCCCUGGGGGGAACUGGCAGGCUCGCUCUCGGCCCUGGCCAGCGUCAGCCCGGCUGGCGGCGGCGGCGGCGGCGGCGGCGGCGGCGGCCUUGGAGACGAGGCCCUCCUUGGUGAAGCAGCGGAGGAGGGCGCGGCUGGAGCCGGGGAGGCGGCCGCCAAUGGCAGCGUCUUCCGGGAGUGCCGGGCGCUCCUGACCCACGGCCACGGCGGCCCCGGAACGACGGCCGUGGCCGUCCCCCCCGAGGAGCCCAUCGUGUCCACCGACGAAGUCAUCUUCCCGCUGACCAUUUCUCUGGACCGGCUGCCGCCCAGCACCGUCAAAGCCAAAAUCGUGGCGACCGUCUGGAGGCGCGACCGAGAGAGAGGCGAGGUCCGCGAGCGCGGCUACCUCAGCAUCCUGCAGGACCGGGCCCCUUCCCAGAUCUUCCGCGAGGAGCAGGGCGCCUUCAAGGCGCAAGUGAGCACCAUGCUGACCGUGCUGCCGCCCCCGGAGCUGAAGUGCCAGCAACUCAACGUGUCCGGGAAGCACUUGAUGGUGCUCAAAGUUCUGAACGCGGCCUCCCAGGAUGAGCUCUCGGUGUGGGACGUGCGGAUCCUGCCCAACUUGAAUGCCAGUUACCUUCCCAUGAUGCCAGACGGCUCUGUCUUGCUAGUUGACGAUAUCUGCCACCAGUCCGGAGAGGUCUCCAUGGCCUCCUUCUGCCAGGUGCCCUCAGCCAACUCCGCGUGGCCCUGCUCCCUCCGGGCCCUGGAGGAGCAAAACUUCCUUUUCCAACUGCAGGCGCCAGAGCAGCCCCCGGACAGCGCCAAAGAGGGCCUGGAGGUCCCCCUCAUUGCGGUGCUGCAGUGGUCGACUCCCAAACUCCCAUUCACCAGCAGCAUCUACACGCACUACAGGCUGCCCAGCAUCCGCCUUGCCCGCCCCAGGUUUGUGAUGACCGCAGAAUGCGAGUCCCCGGUUGCUGUGCAUCGGCGCUUCGUAGUCACGUACACCCUCAUCAACAACCUGCAGGACUUCCUGGCCGUGCGCCUGGUGUGGACGCCAGAAAGUGCUGCUGCAGGGAAGAAGCUGAAUGCCUGCGACGAAUGUCACGCCACCCCAGACCCCCAAGACUCCAUUGUGUGCCACACCCCUCUCAACAACCUGGGAUUCUCCCGCAAGGGCAGCGCCCGCACCUUCUGUGUCACCUUCCAGGCUCUGCGUGCCGGCUUGUUUGAGCUGUCCCAGCACAUGAAGCUGAAACUCCAGUUCACCGCCAGCGUCUCCAACCCGCCUCCAGAGGCCAGGCCGGUCUCCCGCAAAAGCAGCCCCGGGAGCCCGGCAGUGCGGGAGCUGGUGGGGCGUCAUCAGGCCAGCCUCGGGCGCUCCCAGAGCUUCUCACACCAGCAGCCGACACGGGGACACCUCCUGAGGUCAGGAAGCGUCAUGGAGCGCCGGGCCAUAACGCCCCCUGUAGGCUCCCCAGUGGGCCGCCCUCUUUAUCUACCCCCGGACAAGGCUGCCCUGUCCCUUGACAAAAUUGCCAAACGAGAGUGCAAGGUGCUGGUGCUGGCGCCCGUCACAUGACCGAGGAGGGGAGGCCCCAGAAGGGGCAGCUCUGGGAACCAGCCCACCGGACGCGCCACCCAGCCUCAGAACCAGACCUGCUCCAGACAUCUGAACUUCACAGGAUGGACCCCCCCUCCGCUCCUCACCCCCCCCCCAUUCCCCUCCUCCAAUGGGACUGCUCAGCUUCUCCGCUGGCUGAGGGGGGCUGCUGCCCCUCUCGCCCACCCUCUCUCCCCCUCCGGCUGAGAAGCAGCAAGGAGAGAUUUUCUUCACUGGGGAGGAGGGGGGGGCUCUGUAUGAAAGCCAAGAGGGAGCAGCAGCAGCUGCAUGCCCCCCCUCCCCCACGGUACGGACAGCAGCAGAGGUCCCCACCGAAAGGCACCUCCAGCCCCUGCUGACAGGAGGAACCUUCCGCCUUCCCGCCCUGCACUGGGCCACGGGACGGGGCCUGGAGGCUCCCAGGCGUGGCUGCAUUCCUAGACGGGGGAGGGCCAGUCUCUAGCCCCCUCCCUACCUCACCCUCCCAGGCCAAGGCCACUUUCCAUUGCACUUUAUUUAAUUUUUGUUAUUUAUAUUUUUUAUUUGCUCAGAAGCAACUCCAACUCCAUGUAUGUGCUUACAAAUAAACUGCACUGGCUGGCCGGCAAGUAACAUGCUUGAUGGGUCUCUUUGGUGUCCUCUGGCACCGUCCCUCUCCCGCCGGUGGGGUCGCCUGGUCUCCAGGCAGCCUCCGCUCUCGGUCCGGUCUGCACCGCUCGCCUAGAUCUUCCCCUGGUUUCAGGCAGCCCAACGCAUCCAAGGUGGAGACCGCCGGCAGCAGCCAUCGGCCCGGAAGAGGCUGGGCAGGCGCUUCUCCUCAGGGCGAUGCCUGCCAAAGCAGCCCCUUCCCCGGAGGGCCCGGCAGGGAAAGGCUCUGCCCCUUUCUUGACACCCUGAGGGGCGUUUGUGGGGGGAGGGAAACGCCCCCCCCCCAAUAGGGACCAGAAACGGAAGGGGGGGAUGGGAGGCACCAACGGGGCUUCCAGGAAGGAAAGAAGGCAGGGAGGGUCCCCCCACUCCCUGCCCCUCGGGACUGCCCCCCCC